GUCUGCCUGGAUUUCUUCACCGAUCCGGUUAUACUGGUGUGUGGACACAACUUCUGUCGCUCUUGUAUCACACAGUAUUGGGAAAGGGAGGAGAGAAACUCCUGCCCGGAAUGUAGAGAGGAGUUUACUGACCGCACCCUCAGGGUGAAUCGGGCCUUAGCAAAUCUGGCUGAAAAAGCUCGAAAUCUAAACCUUAAUCCGAAAGGGAAGGAAAGUAAACUUCACUGCGAGGAACAUGAGGAAGAACUGAAGCUGUUUUGUGAAACGGACAAGACACUGAUCUGUGUGAUCUGUGCAGCUGCGCAGGAACACAGAGAGCAUCGAUUUGUGCUGAUUAAAGAGGCUGUUAAAAACUAUCAGAAUAGCCGAGUAUCGCAGCUCCAGUGACCUGGGUUCGAUCCUGACCUCUGCUGCUGUCUGUGUGGAGUUUGCAGGCUCUCCCUGUGACCACGAGAGACUCCGACACAUCCCAGGGACAUGCUGGAUGAAUGGCUAAUUACCGUUAACCCUGAAAAGGAACAGUCACACAGUGUUCAGUCCCACAUCACAUCCCAGUUUGCUGAACUGCGCCAGAUUAUCACUGAGAAAGAGCAGAGCUUACUCAGGGAUCUCAGGGAAGAAGAGAAGAGGAUUCUCAACCCAAUGGAGAAAAAUCUUCUAGCACUUCAAGAGAAUAUAAGGAGUAUUCAGGAGGAAAUCACUAAGUUAAAGGAACAGAUGGAUCAGAAAGAUGGUGUGAUAUUUCUCAAGGAAGAAGCUCGUCGGAACAGAAGCAGUUUAAUAUUUACAGGAUUAAUGACAAUGUCCAGGAAUUGUCAGUGACAGAUGAGACCCUACCGGUUGAAAAAUUCGAUCACAUCUAUUUGUUGAACACAGUGCUGAGAGAAACGCUUGAUGCUAUUAAUCGAGGUAAAACUUACAAAGAUUCAUUUCUCCUUGUUUAUGAAGAUCAAUUUAGUUCCAAUUUGAGGCAAAGAUUGUCUGUAAUACUGGGGUGCAGGGGAACUGAAGUUUAUUCCACAUCAACCCCACUGACUGGGAGGCAUCACUGUCACAUGGUCAGCUGGAGAUGUCAGACCCCUGGACACACCAGCACAGGGUCACAAUACAACCAAUACAUGGGACUGGCGGAUGAACCACUGUGUUCCAAUCCCAGGCGAAUGCACUAACACACCAGUGCAUAAGUUUGGAUCCAACCAGAGGAACUGGUGUUGUGAUGUUGUUGUGGCCAUCGCGGAAUCAUGGUUGUAGUUGGGAUCUGAAUGUCCAAGGUUACACAAUGUAUUGGUGGUAUAGGAAGGUCGGGUGAGGGGGUGGUGUGGCUCUGCUGGUAAAUCAGUAGCAAGAUGUGACAUAGGAUUGGAAGAUGUUGAAUCUUGUGGGUUGAGGUAAGGAAUUGCAAAAGUAAAAAUGACACAGACACCAGUCAUAUACAGGCCUCCCAACAGUCAGUGGGUUGAGGCCCACAGAUUACAACUGGAAAUAGAAAAGGCUGAUGAAAAGGACAAUGUUAUGAUAAUCACGGGAGAUUUCAACAUGCAGGUCAAUUGGGAAAAUCAGGUUGGUAAAGGAUCUCAAGAGAGUGAGUUUGUUGAAUGCAAUGUGAUGGCUUUCUAGAGCAGUUUGUCGUUGAGCCUAC